AUGAAAUUGCUAACACAAUAUCUAUUAUUAAUGAAUAAGGAAACAAACGAUACGGUUGAAAUUUUAUGCCGAAAUUGGAAAAUUGAUGCAUCUGAAGCACUUCGUGUUGGAUACGGUGGCUUACCAUUUGGGUAUAUUGUAGUAAGCGGAUAUACAACACCAGAAUUAGGCAAUGCUCUUGAUGUACGAAUGUUACCGGCUGAUCCUGAAUCAAUGACCAUUCCAGCAGUCAAUAUGGAUAGGCAGAUUGCAAGGUUAGAAUCACUGAUAAAGCAAUAUCCAUCACAAAAUUUAUUUGUUUGGCCUGGUUCAGUACCAUUGAUAAAUGAUAAAGGACUUUAUUUUUUGCUUACACGAAGAACUGGUCAAAUGUUGGUUUAUGAAACAAGUCUUCUUGGUGCGAUUGAAUUCUUACCGGAUGGAAAAUAUAAUCCAAUGUUGAUUACAGUAGAUGAUUCUGCGGUUAAGCAUCUUUCACAACGUGACCUUUGCAUUAAUUACGUGUCCAUGUUAGCUCAACGUGAUCGAACCUGCUGGAUGAAUUCUGUUGUGCCAGCUGAUCCAUCCCAUUGGCGGAAUGUUUUGCAACGAAUUAUUCAUAUUGCUAUAUUUCGGAUCGUUAUUCCUAUGGUUUUCACAUUUCGAUGGAGGAUUCUGCGCCUAUUGGCGAAUUGUACAUGGCUAAAAUUUGGUGGCCAUGCAAUGAUUGAUGUAAUGAAUGAUGGUAGUGCCAUAAUGUCCGAAUUAACUCAGGAAUGUAACAUUAUACGAAUUACGGAAUUUCCACCACCUUUUAUCCCGCAAACACUUCGUCAACAAGCACUGAAUAGAUGUAUUGAUCUGUUCCCGAAGUUAUGUUCUUCUGAAACCCUUCGACUGGAAUGUGGUAUUGCAGAUUAUCCGGAAUUGUAG